CAGUGUUACCAUCGCAAGACCGGCUCAGUCCGGGGCGGAACCGGAACUGGAUGUGUGUGACCCGACGGCGGUGCUCGACGGAAACGAUCUGCACAAUGUGCCACACUUUGGAAAUUGGCUGCUCUCCAGAUUGCGAAAAACCAGUGAAAGCAUUCUUCACUCGAGUAGAGCCAGCAACAUGAAUCAGCUGGAAAACAGUGAACUGCAAGCCAUUCUGUCGCAAACGGUCGAUGCCGAAGUGUGUCUUCUAAGUGAAAGCCCUUUCCGAAUACUGCGGGCGGCCGAACAAGGAAAUCUCGACGAGUUCAUACGACUGUACGAAGGCGACAACAGUCGACUGGGGGUGAAAGACAGCAAGGGACGUACCGCAGGUCAUCAGGCCGCCGCCCGAAAUCGAGUCAACAUACUUUCCUUCGUUCACGAGCAGGGUGGCAAUCUCAACGCCCAGGAUUUGUUCGGCAACACUCCGCUUCACGUGGUUGAAAACGAUUCGCUCGAUGCUCUGGAGUUCCUGUUGAACGUACCUGUCGAGACGAACUUACUAAACGAGAAAAAGCUGGCCCCAAUCCAUCUGGCCACCGAGCUCAACAAGGUCAAGGGGUUGCAGGUGAUGGGCAAAUACAGAAGCGUUAUCGACAUACAACAGGGAGGCGAACACGGCCGCACGGCCCUUCAUCUGGCUGCGAUCUACGACAACGAAGAGUGUGCGCGAAUUUUGAUUUCUGAAUUCGGUGCCUGUCCACGAAGACCAUGCAACAACGGCUACUAUCCGAUACACGAGGCGGCAAAGAACGCCAGCUCCAAAACGAUGGAAGUGUUCCUGCAAUGGGGUGAAUCGAAGGGUUGCACCAGGGAAGAGAUGAUUUCGUUCUACGACUCCGAGGGCAAUGUGCCCCUUCACUCGGCCGUCCACGGUGGCGAUAUCAAGGCCGUCGAACUUUGCCUGAGAUCAGGGGCCAAGAUAUCAACGCAACAACAUGAUCUUUCAACACCCGUCCACCUGGCGGCGGCUCAGGGUGCUAUCGAAAUUGUCAAGUUGAUGUUCUUGAUGCAGCCGCAGGAAAAGCGCAUAAGUUUGAACUGUACAGAUAUACAGAAGAUGACUCCACUGCAUUGUGCCGCCAUGUUCGAUCAUCCGGAGAUCGUCGAAUAUCUCGUUCAGGAGGGUGCCGACUUGAACGCCUUAGACAAAGAAAAUCGAUCCCCGUUGUUGCUUUCGGCGUCCAGAGGAGGAUGGCGUACUGUGAUGAUUUUGAUACGAUUGGGAGCUAAUAUUUGCUUGAAAGAUGUCAAUUCUAGGAAUGUACUGCACCUGGUCAUCAUUAAUGGAGGCCGGCUGGAUGAAUUCGCCAAAGAAGUAUGUUGCACGCAAUCCGAAACGUAUCUGUUGUUGCUUUUGAACGAAAAAGAUGACACCGGAUGCUCUCCUCUACACUACGCCAGUCGUGAAGGUCACAUCCGGUCGCUCGAGAAUCUGAUACGGUUGGGUGCUUGCAUUAAUCUCAAGAACAAUAACAACGAAAGUCCGCUGCAUUUUGCGGCUCGAUUUGGACGUUUUAACACUGUCCGUCAGUUGUUGGAUUCCGAAAAAGGCACAUUUAUCAUCAACGAAAGUGACGGUGAAGGACUUACGCCUCUGCACAUCGCUUCCAAGGAGGGGCACACUAGAGUGGUUCAACUUUUGCUGAACCGAGGAGCUUUGCUGCACAGGGAUCACAACGGGCGGAAUCCUCUCCAUCUGGCAGCCAUGUCUGGCUACACACAAACUAUUGAGCUGCUCCAUUCGGUGCACUCGCAUCUGCUUGAUCAAGUGGAUAAGGAUGGGAAUACAGCACUGCACCUGGCGACGAUGGAAAAUAAACCGAAUGCAAUUGUUUUGCUGCUCACUUUGGGUUGUAAACUGUUGCACAACUAUAUGGACAUGAGUGCCAUCGACUAUGCCAUUUACUAUAAAUAUCCGGAGGCAGCUCUGGCUAUGGCCACCCAUGAAGAACGAACGGCCGAAGUGAUGGCUCUAAAGUCGGACAAACAUCCGUGUGUGACGCUCGCCCUGAUUGCUUCCAUGCCGAAGGUCUUUGAAGCCGUCCAGGAUAACUGUAUCACCAAGGCCAACUGUAAGAAAGACUCGAAGAGCUUCUACAUAAAAUACUCCUUCAGCUGCCUGCAAUGCCCUGCUCUAUACGCCCAGAUGGACGCAAAAACGGGUGACGCCGUUCAGAUCUCCAAACCAAUUCCCUUGCCUGCGUUGAAUAUCAAAUAUUCCUUCCACGCAUACCAGAAAUCCAAAGAAGAGGUCGAAAAAAUCCGGAUUACGCUCAACGAUCCCAACUGGCGUCCACAUCCUCUACACGUGGCUAAUGCUAUGGUUUCACAUGGACGAGUCGAGCUUUUGGCUCAUCCGCUCAGCCAAAAAUACUUACAGAUGAAGUGGAACUCGUACGGGAAGUAUUUCCAUCUAGCAAAUUUACUCUUCUAUAGCGUGUUCCUGUUUUUCGUCACACUUUUCACGUCCCAGCUCAUGCGUGACGGUAUCUCGCCGAGAACUUUCCACAACGAGCUUUUCAACGAAACUCAUCCAGACCAUGACCUUCCGUUGCCGGCGGCAUUGACAUCUCGCCCAUCGCUGGCCCUGAACUAUGGCCCCUCCAAACGGAACUGUUCGGCACCUUUCAUUCGGGAUCAGAUGGACAUCAACACAAUGACGCUGGUUUCGGGCACGGCCAUCAUCAUCUACAUUUUCGCCAAUGCACUGCGGGAAAUCUUGCAGGCCUAUCAGCAAAAGUGGCACUAUUUUAUCGAACCGAUCAAUCUCAUCUCGUGGAUUCUCUACAUGGCAUCCUUCAUCAUGGUUUGUCCGAUGUUCAACGAUGGUUGGCGCGAUAAUUUGAACUUUUCCGCAGCUUCCGUAGCGGUGUUUCUGUCGUGGUUCAAUUUGCUACUGUUCCUGCAACGGUUCGACCAGAUUGGCAUCUACGUGGUAAUGUUUUUGGAAAUCCUGCAGACGCUUAUCAAAGUGCUGACAGUGUUUUCCAUCCUGAUAAUUGCAUUUGGACUGGCAUUUUACAUCCUUCUAUCAAAGACAACCGUCCUCACGACCAACAUCAUGCCGUUUACAUCGAUCUCGAUGUCACUCGUUCGAACGUUUUCGAUGAUGCUCGGCGAAAUGGACAUCUUGGGCACGUUCAUGCAGCCCUACUAUGGCCGUCAGUUACCUUUCCCGCUACCGUCGUUCGGAAUUCUAUGUCUCUUCAUGAUUUUGAUGCCAAUUCUUCUGAUGAAUCUGCUGAUCGGUUUGGCCGUCGGAGACAUUGAAUCGGUACGCCGGAACGCUCAGCUCAAACGACUAGCCAUGCAGGUGGUCCUUCACACCGAACUGGAGCGCAAACUGCCCCAGGUGUGGCUCGAGAUGGUCGACAAAAUGGAACUUAUUGAAUACCCAAACGAAAAGAAGUGCAAGCUGGGAUUCCUGGAUUCCAUUCUGCGCAAAUGGUUCUGCAAUCCAUUCACUGACGAUUACAAAGCGGGAAUAGACUUUGUGCUGGACAGUAAUGAGGAUUACAUUGUCACGGAGCUGGAGAAACAGAAGCGCAAAUUGCGAGAAAUUAGCAGCUCUUUGGAUAAUCAACAUCAACUUUUGCGCCUCAUUGUACAGAAAAUGGAAAUCAAAACCGAAGCCGACGAUGUGGAUGAAGGGGUGGCCACGUGCGAAAUCAAAGGUAUUACUGGAGCCUGCCGUCCAACGACAGCAUCCCGAUGGUCAUCGCCGAGAAUACGCAAAAAGUUACGCGCCGCCAUGAGCUUCAACAAAUCUAUCGCUAAAUGAAUGCACGAGGUUGACUGAAUGUCUGCCUAUGGCAAUUAAAAACCACAUAAUACUGUGCUACGAAUUAAUGUUUCUGUGUAGCAUAAUGUUUCUUUUCAUGAAUGUUAUUUGUCUAUUAGCAUCAUACUCUUAUCAAAAGGUAGCAUUUAGGAUUAAAAAUCAAAGGUUUUGUCGAAAGACGGUGAAUGUGAUGUUUUCAUAAGUCCAAAUAAACUAUUUAUGUAUGUUUACUGAAGAGCUGUAUACUUGAAUCAAUUAUUUAUGUAUAUUUGUCACUGAAAUGUUUCUACAGUGGUUUUAAUAAAAUA